CAAAAAAGCUUCCGGGACACGGAGGAAGGCGUAGGAUCGAUCGGGAUUGUGAACCUGCGAGACGAGACCUACUCCAUGUACCUAUUGGUCGAUCCUACCGCCUGUUUCUGGCUGUUGCCCCCCUUUGACGUUCCCUGCUCUAGCAUUCUCUCUCCUGCUGGCCACGUUCUCGGCUUUUCCCCCUCUCCCCUUGCAUGGCCGCAUUUUUUUUUUUUUUUUUUUUUUUCCUCCCUUCCGCGUUUUUGAGUUUCUUGCGCUGCUGUUAGUUGUUAUUAUGCCCCGCUCCACUGCUCUGUUUUGUUGCUUCUCAUGAUCGCUGUGGGUUGGACUGGAUUGGAGUCUUCUCUCUGGAGUUUCGUCUUGUGGUGUGCGGGGAGAACUGAACCUUAUUCUCAGUUGCUUGCUUGCGCAAAAGCGAGCCUGCCGCCAAUAGAGGCGGACCUUGCGUUAGAUUCCAGGUUCUGAAUCCCAUGUGGAUCUUGAAUUUACUGUAACGCGGCAACAGAAUCAGUAUCUUUAGGGCGUGGUUAGCUUGAGGAUUGUGCAGAGAGGGGCAGUCCGCAAAGAAGUGAUCAAGCUGCCAAUAUUCAUGCGGGAAAAGCAUCGUGGCUGCUGGAAUCUUGCGAUCGGGAAUCUCGCAGGAAGGGCGGAACAGGUUGAGCAUUUUGGUUUCAGCAGCAGUGUGAGUUGCUGAAAUGCUAGAGGAAAUGGAGCUUCAGAUCUGGAUUACAGAUGGGGUCCAGUGUCAUUUCGGCCUCGGCCACGAGCUCACGCAGCUUAGAUGUCAAUGGCCGAGAUGUGUUCAAUUUUUUGCAUAAGGUGCGACUGGUUUUUAGUCUUCUCCAUCAUAUAGCUCUCACGACGUUGUCGUCCCGAUGUAUAUGUCCUAGACUCUCCCAGAGAACUCAAAUCAAUCAGUUCCCCAUCGUCCUGGGAGAUGGAGACUCAGGGUCAGUGCGCACAGUGGGAGUUCAUGCAGCUCUCGAAUGGUAGACGAUUCUUUCUUUAGGUUGCACUCUUCCACAUUUCUCAAUUCUAGGCGAAAUGGCGAGGUUUUCCGUCAUUUCGGGUGAAUGAGACGUGACCCAGCUCACACGCAAUAAUGGCUUACUCUAACUAACACUUUCUUUUAAAUCAAGCGUUCUGGCGGCAACGAUGAUGUUCUCGUUUAUGUGCUACAGGGAGAGGAUAGAUUAAUUUAAGUCGGGAGACGGAGCUGAGUAAGGAGUAACGAUGGAUUUGAGAGACGCGCAAAAACCGAGGGGUUGGCUGUGGAGGACGAAGAAGAAUAGCUUUGGGGAAGGUGGGAUUUCCCCUCCUACGGUUAAGCUUUUCGACGAGCAGGAAGUCGCCAGGAUACUGGAAGACCAAUUCCGGAUCCAGAAAGAAGAAUUGGACUGCACCCUUCGUGAAAUAGAUGAGAAGUACGGCGAGAAAGAAAAGACCACAAAUGAGAAAUUGAAUAAGGCUCUUGCUGAGAUAACUGUCAAAGAUAACCUCGUCAAGCAGCAUAUCAAAGUCGCGGAGGAGGCUGUGAUCGGGUGGGAGAGAGCAGAGAAUGAGGCGGCCGAAUUCAAGCUGCAACUGGAGUGCGCCUUGCAACAGAGGCUGGCCAGCGAGGACCGCGUGGAGCAUCUGGAUGGCGCCUUGGAAGAGGCGAUGAAGCAGCUUCGCAGCGCGCGUGAAGAGCAAGAUCAACUCGUUCAUGAAACUAUUGUGAAGAAGACUCAAGAGUAUGAUAAACUCCGGUUAGAGAUGGAGUCCAAACUGGCGGAAGUGUGGCACAUUGUGGGACAAACGCGAGCCGAGCUUAUUGAAUCGCGAGCUGAGAACAAGGCUCUCACUCACGCCUUGCAGGAUCGUUCGAAAAUUCUAGCAGAGGGAAAGGAUAAUAUGGCUGGUUCAGAGACUGAUAUGAAAGCUCUGCAGGUGCAACUCGAGGGGGUGGUGAAAGAAAACAUGGCCCUCAAGUAUGAUAUCCACGUGAUAACCAAGGAGCUUGAGGUUCGUAUGACAGAGCUGGAGCUUGAAAGAAAAGCAUCAGAUAUGGCGUCGAAACAACACGCAGAAGUCGUGAAGAAGAUCGCCAAGCUUGAUGAGGAGUGUGACCGUCUUCGCAUGUUGCUCCGCAAGAAGCUUCUGAAUUCCACAGCGCUGGUGCGGGUGAAGCAGGACGUGGGUGGUUCCGGAAAAGAUCAUCCUAGCAAAGGGAGUCCACGCAGGAGACCCUUGGGAAGGAGCCAAAGCGCGACAGACCCACAAGAGGCCAUCGCUCAAGAGACUUUGCAGGCAAUCUUGGAUGCUAAUGCUUCGGUCGACAAGAUCCUCAACUUGGAGAAGGAAACGCGAAUGCUCAAGGAAGCCCUCGCCAAGCGGAACGAUGAGCUACAAAACGCUCGCUUCAUGUGUGCGAAAACUGCCAGCCGUCUCUCAUUUAUGGAGGAAGAAGUUCAGACAUUGAGAGCACCUUCGAAACCUGCAUCAUCAAAGAAAUGGCCAUCAAAUGAUUCCUUCCCCAGACGCGGCACUUCCCUAAAUUUUGAGCUUAUGGACGAUUUCGAAGAAAUGGAACGGUUAGCAAAUUCGCAGUCUCAGUCGCUGUCAGCAUCCAGCCCCGAGCGCUCAGUUGAGACCGCUCUAACAGUGUUUGGUGCUGUCGACGAAUCGACUAAUCAGCUACGGAUUGUGUGCCUUGAAGAGACGGUGGCUUUGAGGGACAGGGAACUUGAGGCAGCGAAUCAAAUGUGCCAGGAACUUGGUGAAAAGCUUUCCGUGGCCGAGGGACAGCUAGCGUUUUUGCAAAGUAGGAAUACUGCAAAUGAGCAGUUAGUCAUUGGGUUACAAGCCAAGUUAGAUUCGUUGCUGGAGAGGCGAGCAAACUCUGAAGGGGGUACUGCAGUUUCUGGCAAUGGUGAAAUUGCUAUGGCGCUUAGGAAACUGGUGCAUAUCAUUGAAGCUCUUGCGCAAGCCACUGAGAUCGAAUCAACACCCAUCACAUCCAGGCACCAUGACGCGACGAAUGCGAGCGAAACUUCUAUUCUCUUGUCAGUGCGCUGGCACGACGAGAUGGUAGAUAGUUCGAUGAGAAGCCUUUUGCGAGCUACAAAUGGGUAUCUCGAAAGUGGUGGAGAUAUUUUGAAGCUUUUACUGGAGCUCACGGCCACCUUAGAUUGCAUUUUGACCUUCCACAUUUCCGCCAACGAAAAGGAGCAGAGAGAGAGGGAUAGCUCGGCAAGUGAACGGCUGGCGAUAACUAUGGAGCUAGAGUCAGCAAGGGUGAUGAUAUCGCAGUUGGAAGAGGAGCUGUGCAGAUUAAGAGUGGAGCAUUCGGAUAUGGAGCCUAGGAUUCAAGAAGAAGUUGGUCAUAAUCUUGACGUUGAUGUUAUGCAAUUGAGGACGGAGAAGAAUGAGCUUGAGAGUAAUUUGUCAGGAAUGAACGAACAGCUCGUCGAGGCCAAUGCUAAAGUGGCAGCCUUGCGUGUGCGAUUAAGUGAAUCUGAGGCUCUUGUGAAAGAAUUACAAGCACUACAGGCCGCACAUGACAAUGAAGACAAUAAAGAGGGGGAUUUGUCAGAACAAGACAUGCUGGAGCGCUCGUCAACAGGUCUCUGCCUAUCCGCGAGCCCGCGAGAUGCAAACGCUGAGAAGCAUCAGCUUUGUGAUAAAGUUGCCAGUCUGGAAAUCGAGCUGCAGCGCGAGCAAUGUCGCCACCAGGAGGUUGUGGCAAAACUUAAAGACAUCCAGGAACAAACCCAAAGAGGAGUUGGACGAACGGAUCAUUCAUCAGGAAGAAGCACAGAGCUCGAGAACAGCUUGCAACUGGCAGCUGCGGAGGACAAAGCGUCCAAAAGCGCAGUGAAGGAGAACGAAACCGCUUCAUCUGCACUUGUCAUUCACGACCCACAUCAAAAUUCCCCCAUACCAACUCCCGCGUCUCCAGAUUCCACAGAAAAAACGACCCAGACACCGGAAAUUUAUCGGUCGCAAGCAGAAGAGUCAGCAGAUACGACCGCUCCUCCGGUCCAUCCCGUCACCAGCCUAACCUGGGCUUCGAGAUCAACCCACUCCACCCUACCAGGUAUCCUUCACCAGCAAACCAACAGCCGCUCAGAAUCAUGCAAAAACGGCACGAAUGCAACAACAAAUUGUCCGCUGCUGCUCAGCGAUGCAUCGCAACCCGACAGCAUCGGUGGGGAAUCAGGUUCUAAUACCGCCUCGCCGCGACGCGUGCUGCGAAGCGUUCGGACCAUUCGUGGAUUGGCCUCGGGUCUGAAAUUGGCGAACGACAGCCCGAGGGGCGACGGCACCUGCGUGGAUUCGAGGAGCACGACGUCGUCGACGCCGUUCAGCCGAUUCUACUCGCGAUCACAAAGCGAGACCAGCAUGUACUAGGAUCACUCCAUCGCUGGUCCACCGUCAGCUCCCCACACGAACGUCGGAAUUCAAGCCCUAAGAAUACCCUAGCCCUAAAAAGUCUAAGAAUGCUUUAACUCCACAAGGGUUGAUGUUUCUGGGUUGUGAGUGUAAUAGUCUCCGUGGAAAAAUGAUUCCUCUAGUUGGGUGGAUGAUUUUUGUAUGAUAAAUUUCUGGUUUUGCUAGUGAUUGUUUGAACAUGUUUGUAUAACAGUCAAGUAUUUUUUCGGUAGGCAGCAUGUGCUUUGAAGGUAAAGGAUUUUUUUGGUGUAAUUUUGGACACUGCAGGUGAUUUAUAUGAGUUUGGUUGACUCUUCGUUUUU